AUGGUUCAAGAUGUGUCAGACCAUUGUGGAAAAUGGAAAAUUGAGAACACAACAUCUCUUUCAAGUACUCAGUCAGACAUGACACAGAUUAGUGGCCAAAAUGCUCAAUUAGCAAGUAGUGAAGAGCGACAGAAGUCACUGGACCAGCAGCGGAUGCAAGAGAAGGCCAAUCGCAUUGUGGCUGAAGCAAUUGCUAAGGCUAAAGCUCGUGGUGAGCAAAAUAUUCCCAAGGUGAUUGAUCAGCUGGUGAUCUCAAGCACUGCAGUGGAUGGUUCAACUGAAGAGAAAAAGAAAAAGAAGAAAAAACCAAAAGAAAAGAAAGACCCCAAGGAGCCCAAAGAAACCAAGGAAAAAAAGCCCAAACCGACAGCAACUAAAAUCAAAAGCAACAAGAAUGCAAGCAACAAGAAAAAUACCCCGGAAUCAACUGUUGGAAAGAAAAAAGGCAAAAGGAAACAUGAAUCUUCCCCUGAAAAUUCAGACAUGGACAAAACCCCACCUCCAUCUCCAACAGAAGAGGAUGAACUGGGAGUGCAGAAACGCCGCUCUAGCCGACAAGUAAAAAGAAAGAGAUACACAGAGGACCUAGAAUUUAAAAUAUCUGACGAUGACGAUGCAGGAAAAGAUUCACCAUUAAGCACUUCACAGUCUGAACAGGAGUCUGCAGCUGGUCCAGUUACUGAGAAGAUCUUGAGCAUGCGAGUGGUGAAGAAAACUACUGAGUCUGGAGAAGAGGUGGAAGUGGAAGAGUUGUUUGUCAAAUACAAAAACUAUUCUUACCUUCAUUGUCAGUGGACCACAGUGGAGCAGCUGGCAAAGGACAAGAGGAUUCACCAGAAGAUUAAACGCUUCAAAGCAAAGCAGGCACAAAUGAAUAAAUUUCUCACUGAGGUUGAAGAUGAGCCUUUUAAUCCAGAUUAUGUAGAGGUAGAUCGGAUACUUGAUGUUUCACAUAGCACUGAUAAAGAUAGUGGAGAGCCAAUAACCCAUUAUUUGGUGAAGUGGUGUUCUCUUCCAUAUGAAGAAAGCACUUGGGAACUGAAACCAGAUACGGACCAAGUCAAGAUUGAGGAAUUUCAUCAACUGCAGUCCAUGAAACCCAGAACAGAAUAUACGAUGGUAGAUACUGUGGGUUUGGAAAGUAUUGUCAAAGGAGCCUUAAGUGCUGUAAUGCACUUUGAAGGUAAUACUGAUGGCGCUGGAAGUAGUGACACAGGUGGCAGUGAAGCCAAACUGCAGGACCUUGAAUAA